UUGCUAACUUCACUGUAGUUUUUCCCGCAGUUUGGCGUCCAUACGACAGAAAAGAUACUAAAUGAAAUUUCUAUGUAUUUAGAUCAAUAGGACAUUUAUUUACACGUAUGAUUAAUAAGCCAAUGACUUUUGAUCUUGUGAUUAUGUUACGCGAGUGAUUGUUUUCUUUGAUUUCGUGUGCUGUGGUGAUUUUUGUAAACAUCGGGACAGGAACACAGGCCCACGUCUAUGACUUCUUAUUGGCAGCAUGGCGGAAAUAGUGUACCCGCAAGGCUGCCGCCCUAUCACCGAUGACCUUGGACCUGAUGAACUGGUUCGCAGACUCAAGGUUCUGGCCCACACGCUCCAAGGUCUAGGCCAGGAUGAGGGCAUGUACCAGCAGUAUAUCCCGCUGGCAAUACACCUGGCGGACGAAUUCUUCCUCACACACCCGUCGCGGGAUGUCCAGCUAUUGAUCGCUUGCUGCAUCGCCGACGUGCUGCGAGUGUACGCGCCGGAAGCACCUUACAAAGACCAGGAACAGGUGAAGACAAUAUUCCUGUUCCUGAUAAACCAGUUGCAAGGACUCCGCGACCCGAAGGACCCGGCGUUCAAGCGCUACUUCUACUUAUUGGAGAACCUAGCCUAUGUGAAAUCGUUCAACAUGUGCUUUGAACUCGAGGAUUGCCAGGAAAUAUUUUGUGCUCUCUUCUCACUCAUGUUUAAAAUUGUCAAUACGGAGCAUUCGUCCAAAGUCAAGUCCUUCAUGCUGGAUGUGCUGUGCCCACUCAUCACAGAGUCGGACGUGGUGUCCAACGAGUUGCUGAACGUGAUGCUUAUAAAUCUAAUCGAGCCGAACAAGCGCGAGCACAAGCACGCGUACGCGCUCGCCAAGGAGCUCAUAGUCAAGACUAGUGACACUCUUGAGCCUUACAUACAAGCGUUCUUCAACCACGUCCUGAUCCUUGGCAAAGAAGACAAAGAACUUUUGAUAUUCUCUAAAGUUUAUGAACUGAUAUAUGAAUUAUACCAAUGCUGCCCGUCAUUACUGUUGGCCGUACUACCACAGUUGGAAUGUAAGUUGAAAUCCGCGCAGUUCCACGAGCGGCUUAGCGGCGUCGCUUUACUCGCUAGAAUGUUUUCCGAACCAGGCUCGGAGCUCGCCAAACAAUAUCCAGCUUUAUGGAGGGCGUUUUUAGGCCGAUUUAACGAUAUAUCAGUACCUAUUAGAAUUAAAUGUGUACAAUACUGUAUGCAUUUUCUCGUACACCACCCGGAUUUAAGGAAAGAUAUCACGGAAACACUGAAAUUGAGGCAGCAUGAUGCUCACGAACAGGUUCGUUACGAGGUCGUUAUGGCUAUAAUAGCUACAGCUCAAAGGGAUUUCCAAGCGGUCGCCGAAUCUGAGGAUCUACUACAUUUCGUCAAAGAAAGAACAUUGGAUAAGAAGUUCAAAAUACGCAAAGAGGCCAUGUCCGGGCUUGCGAUGAUAUACAAAAAGUUCUUAACAGAAGACAGCGUGCCUCCCGCGACGGAGAAGGCUGUGCAAUGGAUCAAAGAUAAAAUCCUCCACGGAUACUACAUGACCGCUUUAGAGGACAGACUGUUGGUCGAGAGGCUACUCAAUACAUCGCUCGUCCCGUAUACGUUACCUGCACCCGUCAGGAUGCAAAAGCUGUAUUACCUAAUGUCAAAUGUCGAUGACAAUGCUACCAAGGCGUUCAUCGAGUUGCAGAAACACCAAUUGGCAGUUCGGCGCACGGUGGCCGAAUGGGUUGAUUUGCACAGGAAGCCGCAGACGCCGGCCGUGCAAAAGGAAUUGAUCUCUAAAGUGUUGCACAUAAGCUCUAAAUUCCUGCCAGAGUCAGUGAAGGCACAAGAGUUUUUGAACAAAUUUUCGAUACACAUGAAACAAGCUCCCGAGUUGUUGCAAGGAAUGGAAACUAUUUUGAACCCAAAUGUCAGCUGUGAAGUAUGUGUACGCACCACUUCGAACGUGUUAAAGAAACUGGGACAGCCAGUGAUGACAAAUCUAUACUACAACACAGUGAAGAUGUUGCUCGAGCGCGUCAGCUCUGUGAUGAUCGAUCAUGACUCGCUGCUCAUACUGGUGGGCUACGUGGAGGGCGCUGUCAAGGGCACAGACAUGUCCAUCGCCGAAGAGUGUGGCAUAGACAUAAAGAAAUGCGCCGAGAGAGGUCUGAAGUUGCUGGUGAUGCUGUCGUUCGUAUUCCCGGCUCACUUCCUGCACGAGGACGUGCUGAACCGGCUCACAUCAUUGCUAGAGCUAGACGACGAGAGCAUUGCGCCUCACAUACUCGCCGCGCUUACCUUCCUCGGAAAAUACCGGCCGCUCAGUGAGGCGUGCCCGUCGUUAUUCCCAAGACUGAUCACACUGUGCAAAGCAUAUGCUGAAGUUGGCACACCAAAACAAGCUAAAAACGCUGUUAGGUGUCUAUUUGUGAACGUUCCCGAGCAGCGCACACAAAUCUUCACGGAGAUCCUAGAGACGCUGAAGACGACGCUGAGCCCACACUCAGAGCACUACCGCACUGCGAUCGUCACCCUCGGCCAUAUUGCGCACAAUCUGCCCGACAACUUCCCAGUCCACAUCAAGAACAUCGUCUCCAGAAAGAUAGUAAAGGAGCUGCUAGUCCGCGAGGGCGGCGGCGGGCCGAACGCGCCCAGCGAGGAGUGGUGCAGCGAGGACGAGCUGCCGGAGGAGACGCGCUGCAAGCUGGAGGGACUCAAGUGCAUGGCGCGCUGGCUGCUCGGCCUCAAGAAGGACGAGCUCUCCGCGCAGAAGACCUUCAGGAUGCUGAACGCGUUCAUCGUGCACAAAGGAGAUUUACUACAGCAAAACCAGCUGUCUAAAGCGGAGAUGGCUCACCUGCGUCUAGCGGCGGGAGCGGCCAUGCUCAAAAUCUGCGAACAGAAGGGCGUCGGCGACCAGUUCACGGCCGAGCAGUUUUAUAACCUUUCGCAUUUAAUGAUUGAUAACGUAGUACAAGUGAGAGAAAUUUUCGCGGCGAAGCUACACAAAGGAUUGUCAAAGGGCAUCCCGAACAAGUGCCUGCCGCUGGACUUCAUGGGGCUGUACGCGCUGGCCGGCCGCGAGCCCGAGCGGCGCGUGCGCGGCGCCGUGCGCCAGUACAUGGUGGCCGACGUGCUGCGCCGCCGCGAGUACGUGCGCAACAUCACCGUCGGCACCAAGGUUGAGCGCGCGAUGAGCCAGCUGCCGCACAUCCUCCCCGACUACAUGCUGGUAUUUGCGGUGCCAGUACUUACGCAUGACCCUGCUUUCACCGCAUACGACAAUGUGUCGCAACUUAAGACAGUGAAGCAAUGCCUAUGGUUCAUACUGGAGCCGCUGAUCACACGCAACGACUUCUACUGCUACGGCUUCUACAAGAGUCUCGUGGAACGCAUGAAGAACCACAAGGACGCGCUCAAUGAGUCCGACGACUCUGUUAAUUAUAAACUGUGGGCGGUGUGCGACCUGGCCAUGUCUGUGAUCUGGGCGCGCUCGCAGAGCUUCGAGCUGCGUGACUUCCCGUCGGACGCGCGCAUCCCCAGCAUGUACUUCGCGCCGCAGUCGGACUACUUCGUCAACACGCGCGUGUUCUUACCGCCGGAGUUACAGUUCCAACCUAAACGGCAAGUGACGAAUUCAGAGACAAACGUACGUGGCAAAAAGCGGCCCAGGCCCGUCGUAGAUGAAGCUUUUGCGAACGACGUUGAGCUCACAACUGGACGCUCGGGAAGUAUUGACGCUAAGCCAUCAGAAGCGUCUGACACACAAAUCCAACUACCUGGUCUUGAGCAACCACCCGAAACAGAAUUAGAGGAACCUGCCGCGAAACGCACCAUCAGCGAAUGAGCCUCGCACCGCACCAAACGGUAGGAGCCAUACCGUCGCACGAUGUAGACUAUACUGUCGCACGAUUAUUUGUCGCGAGUUUGUUUCCGUCAACUUUAAAAAAAAAUGUUUCAAACAUCUAGUACCCUUAAUAAAGUUCUACACUUUGGAACUAGAUGGCGCUCUGUAAUAUGUCGAAGGGUAUUUGUUUUUGUACUUUAAAUUAACAUGGUCUCAAGCUUUUUAAAAUAAUCCUUCAGUUUCACAAAUUAUAGCUUCGAUAUUCUAAUUACAUUAUUUUUGUCUACAACUUACGGUGAAAUGAUGUGAUAGUAUGUUAUGUGCAGUUACCGAUAUAUUAGUUUUCAAUCUUAUACUAGUGUUAUUAGAGUACACUUUUCCAUUAAUGUAAACUCUGCGACUGUUGUAAUUACAAGUUGAUAGUUUCGUCUACAACGUCCGGCUCUCAAUUGAAGACGUCCCGUUCUGGUCCCAGUCAGGUAAAACAUACGCUUAAAAUAUUAAAGACUGGUUUCUAUACUAUCCAAAACUGACACCUAAAUACAAUUAUGUAAGGUUUAAAUUCCUGUUACAUAUAGUAACUAAUUUUAUUGUGUGCAUGAAUCAAGAUUUAAGAUGUCGGUGUAAAGUGACUGGCUACGCGCUUCUUUGAAGUGUUACUUAGUUAUAUGCGGCAUCGAUAAAUUUAUAUUAUGAUAAUGUAAGUCGACCAUUACUUAAGCUGUACCGUUUGUCACAUUGUGGUAUGGUUUAUUUUCGAAUUAACGUUUCCAGUUUAUAUUUUUGUUUUGAUAUAUCCAAAGAUCUUAUAAUAUAUAACUAGAAUGAUUAUUUAUCCCGAGAAAUGUAGCUAAAUAGCUAAAUGUCCAACUCUGUUACAUGUGUCAUUUAAUACCAAAACAUAUUUUUGGACUGAAACAAAAAGUUGUAAAAGUUAUUGUUCUGAGAAUUGUAUAUUGAGGUAAUUGCUAAAGUAGAAACAGAAAUCUAAAUUCAAAACAAGGAGAAAUAAUAUUACCAUCAUGCUACAAUUUGACGCGAUGGUUAAUUGAUAAUGUAUUUUAUUUCAAUGGCAAACACUUCAUAUUGCAUUGUGAAAAACUUUUGAAGUGGAUAAUCUUGUUGUAUAUGAUAAAAUAUUUGUGUAUAUCAUGUUGGAGGCAUUCUUUAUUGCAUCUGGUUUAAUGUAUAGCGGAUAAACCCAAUAAAAUUAUGAUAUUUUCUUAACAAUUUAAAUCAAAUAAUGAAAUAUAAAUUAACAAGUAAAUAAAUUAAGAUCUAUGCCAGUUCUUACUUUUUUUAGUAUCCUCAACGCUGACAAAUGCAAACUACAUUUGGUUUUCAUUUUAAUGUAUUUAUUAGUUAAUUUAAAACUUUUGCAUUGUUUACACAUAUUUAUAUACACUAUCGGGACUUAACGCGAUGAAAAAAUAUACUUCUUUAUUGGUGAUAUUUCGAUGUGGAUUAGGUCACGUCGUGGUCACGACAGGACAGUCCUGUACGUGUGUACGUACUAUUUACCUGCAAUUUUUUUUUAUCGCUUUAAGUCCCUAUAGUGUAUUUAAAUAAAUGUAUUUGUUAAUUCGUAAAUAUAAAACAUUGAACUGUGCUGUAACGUUAAUAAACGCAUAAAGGAUACUGGAAAUACUAGUGUGGAAUUAAUACAUAAUUAUGUGUUUAUGUACAAAAAGUGGGUUACGCCAAUAAUACAUGUGACUAUGGCUAUAUUUUGUAAAAUGAUCAAUUUUGGUAUAACAAUAAUUCGCGACAAUACCCCCACUAAUUGAAAAAGUUCACGCUGUUCUACAAUUAAUGUCAAAUAUAUAAAAAAAAAAAAAAUCAUUACCUAUUUAAUAGUGACUGAAUAUUUAUUUAUCAUUUAUAAAUAAGGGGUGUUUAUUUUAUCUGGUUAUUUCCAGGUCACGUCAGUGGUCGGGAUGGCCUCGAGAAUUAGCAAACUAUUCUAUUUCUAAUUGCGUUAUAAUAAUCUAUCCAACGUACGAAAAUGAACAAAGGCAUAUUGUCCGAUUUUAUUUUCUAUUUGUUAACAAAUAUAGAUUAUUUUACUUUGCUACGAGUGUAAAGUGUAAAGUUUUUAGAAAUGGUCUAGUUUGUUAUUUGGCUACAAACACUUACUUUGUAGCCGCUGUUCGUUUGUUAAGCGGACAGCGGCAGUAUGGAUACGAUAGUUUAGAAAUUAACAAUGUAUGUGGCAAAAUCAUUGAAGUGUCAGUUCACGAGUAUAACGCACUUGGGUAUUUUAUACAUUAAAUCGUAUAGUUUGAACAUCGUAGCAAAUUUCGAGGAAUAUUUAAGAUAAAUGGUAAUCAUUAAAAAUUAAACAUCUAUGUACAUUGCAUUCUAAUUUAAAUUUGUUUUUUUAUUUUUUUGACACAAGUAAAUCGAAUGAAGAAUAUUUGCUUUUAAUGCAUCGACGUAAACUUAAAAUUAAACGGAGUCUUUUAAAUGGAUGCCGUUAUUGCAGAAACGUGUUUACCGAUCCGCCAAUUACCCAAAUCCAUUACACUCGUGUUUUGUACGUACACAUAGAGAGAUGAGUCUGUAUUAUAGUUCUUUUUUUUUUUUAAUCUAAGUUUUAUUCUUAAUGUUUGUUUGAGCGUUGUUUUAGUUAUAAUUUGGAUCGCCCAGUCGAUUUAUCUAAUUUCCUAGAAUGUAAUGUUUGACUCUGGCCUGAGUGGGCAAAGGGGUUUGAAGAAUUAGGUAUAUAUUUUUUGUUGAAUUCAAUCGACGACGCCAGAACUAAAGUGGAAUACGAUACUGAAAAUAAGAUGGAGUUUAAAAACGUUUGAAUGUUUAAAAAGGUAAAACAAACUAUAUCUAAGCAUGAUAUAGCCUGUCUGGUCUGUCAAUGUGUCACUAAUAUAAGGGUGUGUGAGAUGACAUCUUCUGGAAUAUCUGUGGAAAAUUUCAAAUUUAUUAGACUUAGCUGUUUUGGCUGUGCUUUUAUAUAUCAUUCGAUCAGUAGUUUAGGUUCAUUGGCACUUCAGGCGGGCUGUCUCUUUGCGACUGGAGGUAGGAUGACCCUGUUUAUUGGAUCAUCAUUCUCUGCUUAGCCAAAGUAUUGUACACCUCAUAUUUAAAAAUGAUAUCGUUUUCUAUUUGCUUAUAGACAAUAUUUGAUGAUAGCACUUACCAAUCUGAGAAUAUAUAGUCACUGGUUAUUUCAUUAAAAUUAUUUUGUUUAAUUCCGUCACCAUUAGUAUGUGUACGACUACCAACACUCGAAGAUUUACUACUAUGAUUAUUACCACAAAUUCUAUAACCUUCUAUAUUUACAUAUAGUCAUCAAUCUCCGACUGCCAUUUGGUCCAUUCACGUUUUGUGACACGUGCGUAAUAAUAAUAUGUCAAUAUUCGAAUGUUGGCGGUCGUAGACAUACUAAUUGUAGCGGAAUUAAACAAAAUAAUUGUAACCAAAUAACCAGUGAUUUGGAAUUCCACAAAAUAAUAAGCGUUAGUUCAGUAAAACGUAAAAAAAUGAAUGGAUUUAUAUGAAGAAUAACAAUAAAUACAUUGUAAUUAAAAAUAUUUCAUGCCGUCUUUGUUCUAGCGUCGUUGUAAAUUUUAGUUUGUAUACGCUAUGCGAUCUUUAGGUAAACUACUUGUGAAUCACUAUCUGUUAUGUAUGUGAAAUAUUUCUAAUAUAAUUUCAUCCUAUUUUCUUUAACAGUUAUAUUAAUUGAUACAAUUUAGUUUGCACUCUAUUAAUAUUUCUUGCCCUCUUAUGUCCUGGGAUAAAUAUCUUCGGUAAUUUAUAUUAUAUAAUGUAUACGUGAGUAAGGGAAAUAAAUGCUUGGGUAUUCCUGAUAAUUAUAAAUAUAUUACAAAAUAUAAAAAAAAAAAAAUGUCCAACACUAUUUUAAAGUUUAUGUAAUAAGUUGCGUGCAAUUAUUACUAUUUCAUUAUUUUACUUUGUAAAUAGAUAGCGAAUUCUGUGAAUCGCUCGUGUGAAUUAUACUAUACAUUAGCAGUAUGAAAUAGAUGGAUUCGCUGACUUUUGAAUAAAAUUUCAGCGUGAAAUUCAAUUUAAACAAUUUCGAAAUAUUUAAAAUAAAAUUAAUAUGGAACGUCAAAGUACUUUGUGCGUAACAUGUAUGGAAUUGUGCGCAAUUUGUUGCUUUUUUUUUUUCUAAUAAACUUUUGUAUUAUUUAUGUCUGUUCGUUUUGCACAUUUUGUUUAAAAGCUGGCUAGUUCAGUAUGUUUAUUUUAAGUGUACCAAAAAGUGUCUGAUGUAAAUCGACGCGCGACACGACGUGCGAUCGCCGCAGUGAUGAUUCUCUGUAGUUAUGUAUUAAAAUAAAUAAUAAACACAA